AGGGGUCGAUGGGCGGACGCUCAUGUAAUAGACCUCAUUCGUCACGCAGCGCUGGAUGGGGGCUGAUCGAGGGGCCCCGGUUUCAGAUAGGUCAUGGCUGGUGGGGAGACCGGCUCCUCCCCGGGCACUUGAGGAGGGGACAGCCACAGAGCUGUCAAAACACCGAGGAGAGGGGAGCCACCUGCCGGAGAAAGCCCGGAGGGCUUCCCGGAGGAGCUGGCUUUUCAGCAGGUCCUGGAGGGGGAGGAGGCCUUACAGGGAGGAUGCUCAGGCAGAAGGAGGCGGGGCUGUGGGGACCAGUGAGUCCCAGUGGGGACGUGUUCCUUGGGGAAGAGCCUGUGAUGGUGCGUGUGGGAACUGGUUCCCGAACCUUCGAGGGGAGGGAGGAGGCCUCCAAUUACGCGCAGAGAAGCACUCGUGCGCGUUUAGGUUCCGGCUGUGGGGAGAGGAGCUGGGAACGCAGAGGAGCCACAGGAUUCCCAGAGGGCGUUUUCCGCAGUUCUGGGCGGAGUGGGACCUGGGAGGCCGCUCAGAGUCCCGGCCACUGCGCACUGCGUGGACCUCAGCCUCCGGGGUCCCCGCCUGUGCCCCUGGGAGGCGAGGCGCUCCACCACCCCAGUGCUCCCAGCCGGGGUGCCCGCUCCUCCAGGGACAGUGGCCAUGUCUGGGGGUGGGGCCGGGUCAUCUCGUGGCAGAGGCCAGGGAUGCUGCCAGCUCCUGCGUCACACGGGACGCUCGACCUGUCGGCAGUGCCUGGCCAAGAGGCCAGGUCGGUUCAUCCACCCCAUUUCCUGAGGCUCAGCACAUGGAGUUUUGUUUUGUUUUGUUUUUUAAUUGAUAUUAGAGAGGAUGGGAGAGACAGAAACAUCAAUGAUGGGAGAGAAUCAUUGGUUGCCUGUCCCCCCUUACUGGGGAUCAAGCCCCCAACCCAGGCAUGUGCCCUGACCUGGAAUUGAACUGUGACCUCCUGGUUCAUAGGUCAACACUCAACCACUGAGCCACAUUGGCCGAAGCAACACAUGGAUUUUUAACUUGAAAUCCCACGGUCCCAUUUCUCUAGUGCAACCGCGUGCCCGACGAGCGGAGGUACUCCCUGCCCCUGAAGAGCGUCUACAUGCGCCAGAUUGACCAGA